GGCGACGGCUGUAUUAAAGCUUUGAGAGCAGAUUACGAGGACAGGUGUUGCUCCGCAGACUGCAGCGUGUUUGUGGGUCAGUUAGCGAAACUGUCCGUCUGAAUGAUUCUGCUGCGGAUUUUUACUGAACUGAAAACUGCACAGGAACCAGCAGCAGUGGUGGAUUAUGAGUGAGGCAUCUGGAACGAAGUCUCAGGAGGAAUAUGAAGACGACUUUGAGAAGGAUCUGGACUGGCUGAUCAGUGAGGAAGGACACAGUGAGGACCAGGGCCCCGACUACGAGGACAUCGAGGCGGAAAUCGACAAAGAACUGGAAGAAGAUGAGAAGGUGAAGGGGGUGAAAAGGAAGCAGAAAAGAGGGAAUAAAAGUGAGAAGCUGGAGGAAGACGAGGAGAGAUGGCCAUCACCGAUGGAGCCGCUGGAGUUCGAUUCGGACCGAGACAGUCCGAGCAAAUCGCCGCCAACAAUCCCUCCUCCUCCAGAGAUGGAUGAGCAGACGGACGAGGAGAAGAAGUACAUCCUGGAGAAGAUCCAGCAGGCAAACCGGGAGCUGCAGGACCAGGAGGCUCCUGACAUAACGAGACGAAGGAGGCUGCAUUUUAAGGAGACACUGGUAGACCUGGUGGUUCCUCCAGAGAAGGAUGGCAAAGAGGUGGAAGUAGAGAAAACCACAGCGGAGGCAGAGAGCGAAGUUUCAGGGAAGUUGUCUGAGUUGAAACUUUCUCCUCGAGAUGAAACGAGGAGCAACGAUGGAGGUCAGGGGUUAAAGGAGGGCCGAGUCCUCGUGGAGAAGGAUGGGAAGUUUGAUCUGGUCAGCCUGAAGGAGGUGGAGAGUCAAGGCCUCCUUCCUCCCAUAACUAACUUCAGUGACUAUUCACACUCCUCCCAGCAGAAGAUCCACACCUCCUCCUCCUCUUCCUCCUCCCUUCGUCAGAGCAUCGACCACCUCCGAGCCCCCAGACCUCCAGCUCAGCCCCGGAGCAGACCCAGCUCGGCCAGCCACGGCCAGAGAGGCAUCCAGAGGAGGAGCAGCCAGCGGCGGGUCCAGUCGGCCACCGGAGCCCCCUGCCAGCCCACCUACACCCUGUCAGCUGAGCAGAAGAAGCUGCUGCAGAAGGUCCAGGAGAGGAGGGAGAAGGUGGCCAGAGAGACGGAGCAGAGGAAGCGUGAGGAAGAGGAGCUGAAGAGGCAGGAGAACGAGCUGGCCUUCAAAGCCUGGCUGAUGAGGAAGAGGGAACAGCUGCAGGAGGAGAGGAGGAUCCACCGAGCCCAGGAGAUAGAGAAAAUUAACUCCACAAAAGACUUCAGUGACCCGGAGGACGCCUUCAGGUCGUGGCUUCAGAGGAAACAGGAGCAGCAGCAGAAGGAGAAGCAGCUGGUGGAGCUGAAGAGGCUGGAGGAGGACAGCAGUUACCUUCUACGGAGCCGAGAGGAGUGUGAACGUGCCUUCAAACUCUGGUUGAGGAGGAAACGGGCGGAGAAGCGAGCCGAGCAGCAGGCGGCACGAGAGCGGUCCAGGAGGCUGGUUCUGGAGGAGCGACGGGCCCGACGCAUGAAGGAUCUGCUGUGUAUCAACGAAACCAAACCGUUCAGGUUCAACGAGCAGCUGGUCUACCGGUUCUGAUGCAAACACGGAACCUAAGAACCAACACAGAGAUUCUCAAAACCCAACACAUACCCUCAGAACCAACACAGAACAAAACACAGACCCCCCAAAACAACAUAGAACCAAACACCGACCCCUAGAGCCAACACAGAACCAAACACAGACCCUCAGAACCAACACAAAACCAAACACAUACCCUCAGAACCAACAUAGAACCAAACACAGACCCCCAGAACCAACACAAAACCAAACACAUACCCUCAGAACCAACAUAGAACCAAACACAGACCCCCAGAACCAACACAAAACCAAACACAUACCCUCAGAACCAACAUAGAACCAAACACAGACCCCCAGAACCAACACAAAACCAAACACAUACCCUCAGAACCAACAUAGAACCAAACACAGACCCCCAGAACCAACACAAAACCAAACACAUACCCUCAGAACCAACAUAGAACCAAACACAGACCCCCAGAACCAACACAAAACCAAACACAUACCCUCAGAACCAACAUAGAACCAAACACAGACCCCCAGAACCAACACAAAACCAAACACAUACCCUCAGAACCAACAUAGAACCAAACACAGACCCCCAGAACCAACACAAAACCAAACACAUACCCUCAGAACCAACAUAGAACCAAACACAGACCCCCAGAACCAACACAAAACCAAACACAUACCCUCAGAACCAACAUAGAAC